AUGAUCUACUCCCUAGUCUCCGCGACGCUUCUACUGCUCCUCCUACCGUAUUCGGUGGCUACAGUAACCCGCGCUGAGCGGCUUACCGUAGCCCAGACGCCGGUAUGGGGCCCCGAGUCGGAGGCCAGCGACCGGAAAGCCGAUUUUCGACGGGCUGUCCUGUUGCAUACGGCUGGCGGAGACUGGGCGAUGGGCGAGAAGGCGUGGGAAUCCUAUCGACACUACGAGUUCGCCGCCAAGAUUCAGCGCCACAUUUUCCCCUCGUAUCGCUUCUACCGCGGUGUCGUUUUUGAGAUGGACCAGUUCAUCACCCUCACCUACGGCCACAAAAUUGUCGAGGCCAUUGUCGAAAUUAAAAUUGGAGCCCGAGGAGUUAUGGGAAGCCCAUAUGCGCCGCACCGCGGGAUUCUGACGGUUGAAGAUGGAGAGCAGAACACUCUCUGCACCGUCCCGUACGACCUGGACGGCGAGGGAAACGCGUAUUUUACGUGCCGACUGCCGAAACCAGAAAGGCUCGUGCUCGACGAGAAAAUGUUCCCCAUCGUGGCCCUGGUGCCGAUCGACUCGACCAACAAGAUUUUGGGAAUUCAGGAGGCCAUGCUCCACAUCAGGACGCGACCGAUCGGGAUUCCUUGCCAUCAGUACGAAAACCAAGAAAACGAGCGCCCACACUGCGUCCCGGCGUCGUGGAAGGACACGAAGGUUUCGUAUCCGGUGUUGGACGAGGAGAGAUCGAACAUUCUCCCGCACGCCGUCAUCGACAAGUGCGAGUGCAGGAUCUAC